UGACAAUAGAAAAGUAGCAACAGUAGCGGCAGUAGGACUUGGAAAAAGAUGUAAAUUUUCUUAAAACGUUAAUUAAUGGAAAAUACUUGCAAAUAAGUGUGGAAACAAGUGAAAAGUGUGCCUCGCACUUUGGUGAACAUCUUUCAAAGAGUAAUACAUAAAUUUCUUUGCGCAAAAACUAAAGAAAAAGCCUCUGAUUCGGAUUAUUGUCUUGUUCAUCACUCCAUUAAGCAGUCGUGAAGAUAAUAAAAGGUGAAAACGUUUUCUUAUAAAAAUUUCAAAGUGUGCACAAUUAAAACAAUAAAUAAAGAAGAAAAUAGCAAACAGCGGAAGAACGACAGGCGUAAAUAAAAGCAGAAAAUAGUAGUGAAUUGUGAAAGCAUCUGUAAAAGCAAUUAUUUUGAAAGAGGAAAGAAUAAGACGGUAGAAAAAGAACGGUUUGUGCGGGGUGUUAGCGACCGCCUGCUCGAGUGCCAAAGUGGAAGAAAAGCAAAAGAGGAACAGGGCAGACGGAAAAGGCAAAAAAAUAAGACAUAUUUGACAGUGAGGCAUUUAGGAAAAAGUCGCGUUGUAGCCAAAGACUUAGCAUAACGCAACGACGACGAAGUGUGUAAAAAAAAGAAAAAAGUGCGGUUGAGGGGCGCUGUAAAAUUGAAUUUAAAACGUAAUUGUGACGAGAAAAUGGAAAUCGAGCACGACCAAUCGAUAGAGGCAAUGGACACACAAGAGGUCGAAAUAAUCACAAGCGACCUGCAAAAUCAGCAACAGCAACAAUUGAAUAAGCUGCAUUUGCCAACAUCACAGCUGCCUAACGAGAACGGUAACAUACCGCCGCAGCAAUUAUUAGCCGACACAACUUCGCCAUACACCAACGAACAGGAGAUGACGUCCGUCGACGAUCCCAAGGACGAUCAGUUUCGCUCUGAGGCAACAUUUUCAUAUACGGUGGAGGAUAUUUUACAACUUAAACAACAACAACUCUCCCCACCCGUCUACGUGCGCAUGUUGCCAUGGAAAAUAAUGGUAAUACCAAAUGAACGUGCCCUAGGUUUCUUCCUGCAGUGUAAUGGUGAAAAUGAAUCGCCUACCUGGUCCUGUAAUGCAAUCGCUGAGCUACGACUAAAAUGCCACAAACCAGAUGCACCACCAUUUACUCGUGCGCGUAUAAAGCAUCUUUUCUACUCCAAAGAGAAUGAUUACGGCUAUUCAAACUUCAUAACGUGGACAGAGUUACAAGAGGCCGAAAAGUGUUAUAUACACAAUGGUGCUAUAACUUUAGAGGUUCACGUAGUGGCGGAUGCACCACAUGGCGUACUCUGGGACUCUAAAAAACACACCGGCUAUGUUGGACUUAAGAAUCAGGGUGCAACAUGUUAUAUGAACUCCUUACUCCAAACACUUUAUUUUACCAAUCAACUACGACGUGCUGUCUACAAAAUACCAACUGAAGCCGAUGACAGCGCCAAAUCGGUAGGUUUAUCACUGCAGCGAGUUUUUCACGAUCUACAAUUCGGCGACCGCCCAGUAGGUACUAAAAAGCUCACCAAAUCAUUCGGUUGGGAAACGCUUGACUCUUUUAUGCAGCAUGAUGUACAGGAAUUUUUACGAGUUUUACUCGAUAAAUUAGAGUCUAAAAUGAAGGGCACAUGCUUGGAGGGCACCAUACCCGGUCUAUUCGAGGGAAAAAUGUCUUCAUACAUAAAAUGCAAGAAUGUCGAUUACAAUAGUACACGUUAUGAGACUUUCUACGAUAUUCAGUUGAAUAUUAAGGACAAAAAGAACAUCUACGAUUCGUUCAAGGAUUACAUAGCAUCCGAAACACUUGAGGGGGAUAACAAAUAUGAUGCAGGCGUACAUGGGCUUCAGGAGGCAAGCAAGGGUGUUAUCUUUACGGCAUUUCCACCCGUUUUGCAUUUACAUUUAAUGCGUUUCCAAUAUGAUCCAAUAACAGACAGCUCCAUCAAAUAUAAUGAUCGCUUCGAGUUUUACGAUCGUAUAAAUUUAGACGAAUAUUUGGCCGAAAAGGAGAAAACACCUGCCGAAUAUGUUUUGCAUGCAGUACUCGUACAUUCGGGCGACAACCAUGGCGGCCACUACGUGGUCUUCAUAAAUCCCAAAGCGGACGGUAAAUGGUUUAAAUUUGAUGACGAUGUAGUUUCCAGUUGUCGUCGAAUCGAGGCCAUUGAACAGAACUAUGGUGGAAACGACGAUGAAAUCUCGUUCCAUGCUAAAUGCAGCAACGCAUACAUGUUAGUUUACAUACGUAAAUCUGAAUUGGAACGAGUACUCAGCGAAAUUCCCGAAAAUGAGAUCCCCAGUGAACUAGUGGAGCGACUUGAGUUGGAGAAACGCAUUGAAAUGGCACGCCGCAAAGAGCGUAGUGAGGCAAACUUAUACGUCUCCAUACAUGUCAUACUGGAAGAGUAUUUUGAAGGACAGCAAAAGCGACGUCUCUUUGAUUUGGAUAAAGUGCAUCAGCGCCUAUUCAAAUUAAAACAAACACAAACAGUUGAAGAGAUGAUGGAUGCGUUUGUUAAAUCUUUUGGGGUACCCAAAGACCGUAUGCGCGUCUGGAUUAUGUUUGCGGCACAACCGCAAAAGUUUCUUUACUUCGAUUUCCAGCGUGAAGGUUUGCGUCCAAUUGAACAAAUCGCUACUGCACAGAAACCAUGGGUGAUCUUCCUUCAGUUGGCGUCACCUCUUGUACCUGGUCGCCCAUUGCCACCGUUCGAUCCCAAACAAGAAGUGCUGCUAUUCUUCAAGUAUUACGAUGCCUGUAAUAAACGUUUAAAUUAUAUAGGUUGUUCACAACAACCGCUAACUCGGCGUUUAAGCGAACUUGUGCUUGAUGUCAAUACACACUUAGGCUUUGAACCAGACACCGAGUUGACGGUAUUUGAUGAAUGCAACGACAAGAAGAUAACUAAUAUCAAUGAAACUCUUGAGAAUGUGCUUUACCUACACCAGGAUAAUUUGCAGGGUUAUAUAUUGAUUUUCGAAAAAGAGCAUGUAGAUGUAAAAUUAGAUUUGCCGACCGUCGAAGAUUACUUUUUAGAUUUGGUAUAUAGAGUAGAGAUCACAUUCUGUGAUAAAUGUAAUCCCAAUGAACCGGAAAUCGUAUUAGAGCUAUCAAAUCGCUAUAAUUACGAUCAAAUGGCACAAGCAGUCGCCGAGCGACUAAAUACCGAUCCAAAUAAAUUACAGUUCUUCAUGUGUGUCAGCAGUUAUAAAGAGGCACCCGGUAAUGCUGUUCCGUACACAUUCAAGGGAACUGUUAAGGAUCUAGUCGCAUACUGCAAGCAGAGCGCUUCUAAGAAGCUCUUCUAUCAAAGACUGUCUCUCAGCAUCCACGAACUCGACAAUAAGAAACAAUUUAAAUGCAUUUGGGUCUCAAAUGAUCUUAAAGAGGAGAAAGAGCUCGUGCUAUAUCCGAAUAAAAAUGAAAAUGUCAAAGGUUUGCUGGAUGAAGCUGCCAAAAAGAUACAAUUCGCCGAGAAUAGCCGUAAAAAAUUACGAUUACUUAAGGUAGCCAAUCACAAGAUCGCAACCAUAUUUAAGGAAGAUACGCCGCUGGAAGCGCUACAAAAGACCAAUGAAACGCUGACGGCACAAAGUGCGCAGAAGACUUUCCGUAUUGAGGAAGUGCCUGCCGAAGACAUGCAAUUGGCCGAGAAUGAAGUGCUCGUGCCAGUGGCACAUUAUAGCAAAGAGAUUUACAACUCCUUUGGUGUGCCAUUCUUGAUUAAAGCGAAACAUAACGAACCAUAUGGUGCGCUUAAGCAACGCAUACAAAAACGUUUGAACGUGCCCGAUAAGGAGUGGGAGAAUUUUAAAUUUGCCGUCAUUUCAAUGGGACAUCCGAACGAAGUUAACGACAAUACUCCCGUCGAUACAGAAAUCUAUCGCUCUUGGACUAAUGCACAUUUGCCUUACUUUGGACUCGAUCAUAUAAACAAAUCCAGGAAGCGAACAUCCUUAAAUUUCUCGGAGAAAGCAAUUAAGAUUUACAAUUAAAUUUAGUAUGUAAUUGGCGAAUUAUAAUAAUAAUAACAACAACAACAACAAUAACAACAAAAACUUUAAAAGGUAACAAAAACUGAAACUCAUUGUGGGAACGAUAAUGUGUGCGUGCAAAGUAAAUAAAAUAAGCGAGAUAAAUGAGAACUGCCGAAAUAAUGGAAAAUAUACAGAAGGAAGCAAGGAAAAAUGCUAAAACGACGAGAGUAUUAUCGCUGAGAAAUUUUAAAUUGGGCUUUAUAGCUAAGGAGCGUUUAGAGAGAAGAGUUUGAAUAUAGCAAGAUAAACGAUAAAAAAAUAGAAAACAAUAACAAAAACAAGUUGCUAAUCUAUGUAUUGUUCUUAUGUUUACAUGCUGCAUAAACGCCGAAAUAAAAAAAAAAAAAACAACACAAAAAUACUACUCACAACUGCGAACGUAACGGCAACAUAAUAAAUCAAAUGAAUUACCGCUAAAAAUAUGAAGCAAGUCAGACAAACGACCGACCGACCAACCAACUAAUUUGUCCAUCAGCCUACUAAGCAAGCAACAAAAAUUGGCAAAAGAAAACACAACAAAAGCAAAGUCAAAAAAGAAAACUAAACAAUUGCAAUGAUUGUAAAAUGUAAUUUGCUUUUAUAGUUUCGAAUGUGUUAAGAAAAAAACACUUCGCCUGUUAAACGUUCAAACACAGCACACUAUCAACACUUCCAUACAAUCAAUCACACACAACAGGAACAACGCAAACAUGAUUACGUUCAUACAUAUGAGUAAUAAAAACACAUACAGAACACACAUUAAGAACAACAAACAAAAACAAAAACAAAAAAUAAAUCGAUCUUUAAACUAAAAUAAAAAUAUUAAAUUUAAAAUGUACUACUUUAAUAUUAUAAAUAUUGAACAAAAAUACUUAUAUAGGCGUACGAUUGUAAAAAAAAAAAAAUAACAAAUGAAAAUUAUACGCAAAAAAAACUCUUAUGUGAACAGCUCCUAAGUGAUUCUCAAACAACUUUCGUCAAAAGCAAAUUCAAAUGUCUGUAUGUAGAACGUACGAUAGUCGGCAGUGAUUUUGCAUAUUUCGCAUUUUGUUGGCAAGUGUUGGCGCUUUAUUCGAACACGUAUAACUUGUAGUUGUUAGUUAGGUGCAUUACAAGAGCUACGACUACUCUCCACAACAUACCUCUGCCCAUAUGCAAGUGAUUUCAUAAGAAAUUUUCACUACUGCAUAAAUAACCUUGAGCCGCAAAGAAAGGGGGGAAAUAUGGCCACACCACAGUAGCAACAACAGCAACAGCAACAUCAUGGAACAUGCUUAUAAAGCAAGUAGAGUAAUUUGAAAACAAACAAAAAAAUAUACAUAUAAAUAACACACAUAUGCAUAUACAUAUAUUAAAAAAUAGAGUUAUAUAUAAAUUAAAACUAACAAAACAAAGAACGAAAUGAUUAUAAUGAUUUUUAGAUUACAAGCAUAUACAAGCACA